GUCACGGGUAUCAGCUGACCGUGUCAUGUGACUCGCAGUCUGUAUCGCAACUCCCGCUGUCAGAAUAGAACGUCCGCAGUACACCAUGGUCUACGGAUUCAUCAUUCACACUCUGGGCCCUGGGCCCAAUGGAAGUCCCAAGUUAAGCCAAGUGCUAUAUUCUAGGAUCUUCAGCUGUGAUUUGCCAGAUGACAAGCUGCAGUCAGAGGAAUAUGGUCUGGAUAAAGUGAGACUCAGGCGGAAGGAGCGGGUUGCUGUAGUAGCCAGGCAGACAGAGUCCAUGUGUCUGUUGAGGCGACAGGUGUCUGGGAAGCCAGCGAGUGACUAUAGCGUUCAUUUAACCGAUGAGUCCAUCUUAUUGCAAGAAGAGGAUGUGGGAGUUUACAGCCUGGGUUCCGGAGACCCAUUUCCACACGAGAAGAUUGUCCUGUGGGUGGCUGUGUUUUCAUUUGGCUUUUCAUUAAUCUGCAACGCACAGGAGAACCUGACCCUGGCCGAGAGCACACUGAGGAUGCUUGUGAAAUACCUAGUGGAGUCCAUGAAGCUGCUGACACACAGCAGUAAUAUACUACUGAGAGCAGACAUGAUUGAGAUGAGCAUUGACAAGUUCAUGCCUCAAGGACAGCUGCUCUUUUUGAAUCACCAGGCCGUGCAGGCUUUGGAGAAGGAACUGAGUGGGAGUAUGACUCUAUAACUGCAGCCUAACAUAGACCAACAGGCCAUGGCUUCAAUGUAGUAUCUUACAGUGUUAUUCUGUAUAGUCUUUAUAUGAAUUGUGAGGGUGAUUAAUACUGACUGGUAAUUCAUUUAAGGGAACACAACCAUGUAUUACUGACCCUAUAGUGCUAAACCCACCAUUUAGGGGAAAGCAUUGGAUUGGCUAAAAUCGGCAAGGGGGUGGGGCUAAACACCUUUUCAGCCAAUCAGCACCUCCUCAUAGGUAUGCAUUGAAUCAAUGCACCUCUAUGAGGAAAAUUAAGCGUCCCCAUGCAGAGCUGCCUACUGUGCAGCCCUGAGCCAGGAAGCACUUCUAGUGGCUGAGGAGUGAACACUGCCUUUUCUCUGAAAAGGCAGUGAUUGCAUGAAAAUGCCUACAUAUAAUGAUUAAACUCACCAGAAUAAUUACAUUAAGCUGUAGUUGUUCUGGUGACUAUAGUGUCCCUUUAAGGAAAAAAAUAUUCAAAAAACAAAAUCUAAUGGGCAAUUUCUAUUCUGUGUUCACACAACAAAGACUGAAAUUACUACCAAGGGGGAAAA